UAGGAAAGCCGCGGCCGAACCGCCUGGCCUGGGCCACGGCCAUGGUGCGGGGUGGGUCCUGAGCUUCUGACCCAGCUGCCCGCCCUAGGAUACCAAGAUGCCCGGCGAACAGCAGACCGAGGAGGAGGAGGAGAAGGAGAUGCAGGAGGAGAUGGUGCUGCUGGUGAAGGGUGAGGAGGAGGAGGGCGAGGCGAAGUAUGAGGUGGUGAAACUCAAGAUCCCCAUGGACAACAAGGAGGUCCCGAGCCAGGCGCCAGCGCCAUCUGCAGACCCGGCGCGCCCACAUGCGUGCCCAGAAUGCGGCCGUGCUUUUGCGCGCAGGUCCACGCUAGCCAAGCACACCCGCAUGCACACAGGCGAGCGGCCCUACCAGUGCCCGGAGUGCGACAAGCGAUUCACCGCCGCCUCGAACCUGCAGCAGCACAGGCGGUGCCACACUGGGGAGAAGCCAUACGCGUGCUCGCAGUGCGGCCGCCGCUUCGCCCAGAGCUCCAACUACACACAGCACCUGCGCGUGCACACGGGCGAGAAGCCCUACACGUGCCCGGAUUGCGGACGCGCCUUCAGCGCCAGUUCGUGCCUGGUGCGCCACCGGCGCACGCACACAGGGGAGCGGCCUUACAUUUGUGCCCAAUGCGGCACGAGCUUCGCCCAGAGCUCGGCUCUGGCCAAGCACCGGCAAAAACACACGGGCGAGAAGCCGCACCGCUGUGAGGUGUGUGGCCAUUGCUUUCGCCACCGCUCCAACCUGGUGGAUCAUUUGCGCACGCACACGGGCGAGCGGCCCUACCCGUGUGGCGAGUGCGGCCAGCGCUUCCGCCUCAGCACAAACCUCAUCCGCCACCGUCGCGCGCACAUGCUGCGCCGUCUCUACAUCUGUGUUGUCUGUGGCCGAGACUUCAAGCUACCCCCUGGCUCCAAGGCCACCACUGCCACUGAGCGCUGCCCAGAGUGCGAGGCUAGAUGAGCACCCUUCUUGUCGCUGCAGCGUGCUAGUGUCUGGCUGAGGCUUGGUGAGUUAGGGUCCCAACCCCCAGGAGAAUUAACCUAGACCAUAAUCCUGGCCACCCUGGUCUGGGGAAGGGUGACAUGGCAGGACUGACUGCCCUGGACCUGGGAGACAUGGCGAAUCCCCUGCCAGGAUUUCUGGAAACUGGCCUCU